UAGUAGGCUGGACUAUCAUAUUUUCCCUGCUUAGCCACGGAGAGAGGAGUAGGUUCGAGGCUCCAGUUGCGCGUUGGUGGGUCUCCGCCAUUUCCUCCAUUUCCUCCAUUCCCUCUUCACACCGAGCCCAGCCCAUCCUCGCCAUCCCCCACCUCUCUUCGCCAGUCUUGCAUCAACCGUCCGCCAUUCCACCGAUCCCGACGACCCAUUCCCCUCUCACCAACGCGUCGACGCGUCGACGCCGUAGAUCCCGUGAUCCGCUCUUCUUGAUCCGCUCCUUUUGAGCACGUCUCCGCCAUCGCAUCAUCUGUCGCCAUGCAGUCGUCGCGCGUCGCAAGGGCCCUGGCGACGGCCGCCAGCCGCUGUGCGACCUACAUGCGCCAUGCUCAGGGCGUCCCAGCAGCAGCCCUGCCAGCGGCAGCAGCAGCCUUCCCAGCAACAGCAGCUGCGCCUGUGGCAGCAGCACCUGCAGCGCUAGCAGCUGGCUCCUCUCGCCUCUUCUCCACAGCCCUCAACAUCCAUCGUGACUCUCCAGACAACAACCUCCGGACGCCCUUCGAGUUCUCCCCACUCACCCUCCAGAAGGCCAACGAGAUCAUCUCCCACUACCCCGCCAACUACCGCCAGUCGGCUGUCAUUCCCGUCCUGGAGAUCGUGCAGCAGCAGAAUGGGGGCUGGCUCACUGUUGCUGCCAUGAACAAGGUGGCGGACCUACUGGGCAUGCCCUACAUUCGCGUCUACGAGGUGGCGACCUUUUACACCAUGUUCAACCGCCAGCCCGUGGGGCAGUACCACCUGCUGGUGUGCGGCACGACGCCGUGCAUGCUGAGAGGCGCGAGGGACAUUGAGGCCGCCCUGUUGAAGCACCUGGGGGUCCAGAGGAACGAGCUGACAAAGGAUGGGCUCUUUUCAGUGGGCGAGAUGGAGUGCAUGGGAUGCUGUGUGAACGCACCAAUGAUCACAGUCGCUGACUACAGCAAUGGAGUCGAGGGGUUCUCCUACAACUACUAUGAAGACCUCACUCCAGAGUCUGUUGUGGCGAUAGUGGAGGCACUCCGGCGAGGGGAGAAGCCCAAGGCCGGACCUCAGAUCCCGAAUCGCAUUCGCUGUGCUCCAGAGGGUGGGCCCACCACCCUGACUGGCGAGAUCAAGCCGCCGCCCUGCCGUGACCUGGACGCAUGCUAAGCCAGGGAUGCAUCCAACUUUUCUCUUCUGGUAUAUUGAAAGCUAAGAUUGAUGUGCUUGAUGUGCUGUUCUCCCCAAGGAAGCCCACCACUCUUACCAUUAGAACAAGCUGCCGCACUGUUGUGACCUGGAUGCGUGCUAAGCUACUGUAAGGAGGCAUCGGACUUCACGUAUUGGUAGAGUUCCGGCUGGGUUGGUUUCACUACGCUCCAGGAGUCUUAGAGCUUGUUCCUAACAGCCUCUUCCCAAACAACCUCUUCCCAGACUCGCGUGCUACAGUGUCGCAAAUUUUGACGGGAAAUGUUUCAGGCCACGGCACAACGCCAAACCAGGGUUUCAGGCCACGGCACAACGACAGCAGCUUGAUCUUGAGGGUGAUAGGUGGUUAAGAGCGUGUUCCUACGAGGCUCUUCCCAGGCAACCUCUUACCAGACUCACGCGCGACCUUGAGAGCGUGUUCCCAGGAUCACUUUUCGGAAUACUCCCGUUUCAUAUUUUCGUUCCAGCUGCAAGCUUGCUAAGAGCGGAGAAUUCGUUCUAGCCCUCAACCACACUUUACCAUGCUAGUAUAUGACUACCAUCGCCCUAGACGCGGCUUUCAACCUUCUGGCACGUUCAAACAAGGAGGUGUUGACUUCCUUUUCGCACCUGGUGCAGUACCACCCGGCUUUUCCUUCAGUGGAGCUGGGUGAAACAUGCUUGGUUAUGG